GCAUCGUUUUCAGAAUUUUUUUUCCCUUUCCUAAACCUGUUAGUGCCAACCCUUUCUUCAAGAAACCUAAAAGCUUUUAAUUCUCCACAUCGCUCGUCGUCUCUCCUUCGUCCAUUAUCGUUGCUCGAUCCGUUCAUCAAAGAUUUUUUUUUUUUUUGAGCUAAGCUUAAGGUGCAAUGGGAGACAGUCAGUACUCGUUUUCACUCACUACCUUCAGCCCUUCAGGGAAGCUUGUUCAGAUAGAACAUGCUCUAACUGCUGUUGGAUCAGGCCAAACAUCUUUGGGAAUCAAAGCUUCAAACGGAGUUGUUAUUGCUACUGAGAAGAAGCUUCCCUCCAUUCUUGUUGAUGAAGCCUCUGUUCAAAAGAUUCAGCAUCUGACUCCCAACAUUGGAGUUGUAUACAGUGGUAUGGGUCCUGAUUUCCGAGUUCUUGUGCGGAAGAGUAGGAAGCAGGCUGAGCAAUACCUCCGCUUGUACAAAGAACCUAUCCCCGUCACUCAACUUGUAAGGGAAACUGCUACGGUGAUGCAAGAGUUCACUCAAUCUGGUGGUGUUAGGCCGUUUGGAGUUUCUCUACUAGUGGCUGGGUAUGAUGACAAGGGUCCUCAGCUGUAUCAGGUGGAUCCGUCUGGUUCUUAUUUCUCAUGGAAAGCUUCGGCGAUGGGAAAGAAUGUCUCAAAUGCCAAGACAUUUCUCGAGAAGAGGUACACCGAAGAUAUGGAGCUUGAUGAUGCCAUUCAUACAGCGAUAUUGACAUUGAAGGAAGGUUUCGAGGGAGAAAUCUCGAGCAAGAAUAUUGAGAUUGGCAAGAUUGGUGCUGACAAAGUUUUUAGGGUACUAACACCGGCAGAGAUUGACGAUUACUUGGCUGAAGUCGAGUAAACUUUCACUUGGGCCGCUCAACAAACCUGGCUUUGAAUCUCAAUACUAUCUUUUGCUUUUCUGCCUAGUUGGACAAAAAGCUGUGGUUCUCGCUUAUGUAAACUUUUGGAACUUGUUAAAACUCGAAACCUUGUUUAGAAUCUGUUUUCUUUUCACUCGUUUAAACAAUGUUCAAAAUGUCUCUUACCAUGUUUGGUUUACAUAAGGACCAAUGGGAUAGUUCCUCA